AUGGAAUAUGAGUUAGAUAGAAAAUUUGAUAAACAGUAAGAAUUCAAGCACGAUCAAAUUUAAAGAGAUCAUAGAGAGGAUAGAGUUUAUAAUAAUUCUAGAGAUCAAAAAUUUAGAGAGUAGAGAUAAAACAAGUCAAAGUCAAAAUCUAAAACCAAAUCGAGAUCUAGAGAAAAGGAGAGGGAUAGAGAAAGAGAAAGACCCAGAAGCCCUCAUAGAAGAAGAUAUAGAUCUAGAUCUCCAUCUUAUCAAAAGAAUAGGGAAGAUACAAGUAGAUACAGAAGGAAAAGGGAAAGCAAAUGGUCUGACAAGCCAGCUAACUUUAGUUAAAAUAUGCAUUAAAGUUCUGGAAUGUCCUGUGAAAUUGGAUAACAGCUUACUCCAGAUUUGCAAGAGCUAGCAAAUAAGCUCUAUGCUGCUCAUCCGGGUUUAGCUCUUAACACGACUCCUUAUUACUAUCAUUGGUCUCCAGGACUGCAUCCUAAUAUAACUAAGCUACUUAAUGAUCCCAAUAAAUUCAAAAAGAAAGUUUACAUUCCGUAAAGUUAACAUAUAAAUUUUGUUGGAUUGCUCAUUGGCCCAAAAGGGACAUAUUAAAAGAAACUAGAAGAAGAUACAGGAUUCGAAAUCAAAUAAGAGAUUACGUUUAAGGACAUGCAAUAGUAAAUUAGAAUAAUGUAAAAGAAGAUCCUGAGGAUUCUCAUGUCAUAGUAUAUGCUAAGAUUAUAUAAUUCAUUUUUAUAGCUAGUUGGAGACUCUGAGAAAUAAGUAAAUGAUGCCGAAACUACUAUAAUGAAUGUUUUAUUUGCAAACGAUGAGGAAAGGAAUAGAAUAAGGACUGAGUAGUUGAGAGUAGCAGAAGAACUCAAUAAUUAAGUAUUUCCAUUUCAAGUAGAUGACUCAAUGAUGACUCCUUAUGGACCUCCAAGUCCUACAGUAAAGGAGGUGAAACUAUCAGAAAUCUCCAAAUGUAAAGUGGUGCUAAGAUCUAAGUUGCUAAAAAGGAAAUGGCUGGAAGUUAAAUAAGAAAUGUUUUUGUUGAGGGACCCCAAGAAAGAUAUGAUCUUGCCAAAAAAUUGA